AUGGCGGCCUUCACCUCACUGCCAGCGCCCAAGCUGCUGAAGAGCCAAAGGGAACGAAUCCCAUUCUCGGUUUUCCCCCCGCGGAGCCCCGAUCGGGUCGAUGCGGCCCGCUGCCGCUCGGCGCUCUCUCGGUCUGGCCUGCGGCCCCGGGGCGGGGCCGGGCCCGGCGCUUUUCCCGCCCCGGCGGCGCGCGCGGCGGCCGUUACCGCGUCCGCGCGCUCCCGUGAGGCGAUGAGGAGGAGCCUCGCCCCCAGCCAGCUGGCCAAGAGGAAGGCGGGCGAUGAAGAUGAGGAAGAGGAGGAGGACUGGCAGCCCCCGACGAGCCGGAAGAGGCAGAAGGCAGCGGGUGAGGCGGAGAGUGGAGAAUGCUACAGGUCACCUUUCCGCAAACCCUUGGCUCAGCUGACCAACAGACCCCACUGCCUGGACAGCAGUCAGCACGAGGCUUUUAUCCGCAGUAUUUUGUCCAAACCCUUCAAAGUCCCCAUUCCAAAUUAUAAAGGGCCCCUGGGCUUGCGCUCGCUGGGUGUCAAACGAGCAGGACUGAGGGGUCCUCUCCAUGACCCGUUUGAGGAAGGAGCUCUGGUUCUGUACGAGCCCCCGGUGCUGAGUGCUCAUGACCAGCUGAAAAUAGACAAGGACAAGGUACCUGUCCAUGUUGUGGUGGAUCCUGUCCUCAGUCGUGUUUUACGACCCCAUCAGAGAGAAGGGGUGAAAUUCCUCUGGGACUGUGUGACGAGCCGGCGGAUCCCUGGGAGCCAUGGCUGUAUCAUGGCAGAUGAAAUGGGGCUGGGCAAAACUCUCCAGUGCAUCACCCUCAUGUGGACGCUUCUCCGGCAAAGCCCAGACUGCAAGCCUGAAAUCGAGAAAGCCGUGGUGGUGUCUCCCUCCAGCCUAGUGAGAAACUGGUACAAUGAAGUAGAGAAAUGGCUGGGGGGAAGGAUCCAGCCACUGGCCAUUGAUGGAGGCUCCAAGGAAGACAUUGACCGUAAACUAGUUGGCUUUAUGAACCAGCGUGGCCUGCGAGUGCCUUCACCCAUUCUGAUUAUCUCCUAUGAGACCUUCCGACUGCAUGCUGAGGUGCUGCAGAAGGGCAGUGUUGGGCUGGUCAUAUGUGAUGAGGGCCAUAGAUUGAAGAACUCUGAAAACCAAACUUAUCAGGCUCUCAACAGCUUAAACACACCUCGACGAGUCCUUAUCUCGGGCACCCCUAUUCAGAAUGACCUGCUGGAGUAUUUCAGCCUGGUACACUUUGUCAAUUCAGGCAUUCUGGGAACUGCACAGGAAUUUAAAAGGCAUUUUGAAAUGCCCAUCUUGAAAGGAAGAGAUGCAGAUGCAAGUGAAGCUGAGCGACACAAGGGAGAAGAGAGGCUUAAAGAGCUGAUCAGUAUUGUGAACAGGUGUUUAAUUCGGAGAACUUCAGACAUCUUGUCCAAAUACCUGCCAGUGAAGAUUGAACAGGUGGUCUGCUGCAGACUGACACCUCUGCAGACUGAGCUGUACAAGAACUUCCUGAAGCAAGCCAAGCCAGUGGAGGAGCUGAAGGAGGGCAAAAUCAGUGUGUCAUCUCUCUCUUCCAUCACAUCCUUGAAGAAGCUCUGUAAUCAUCCUGCUCUUGUUUAUGAUAAGUGUGUGGAAGAGGAAGAAGGAUUUAUGGGAGCCCUGGGCUUGUUCCCUUCUGGCUACAGCACCAAAUCUGUAGAACCCCAGCUGUCAGGAAAGAUGCUGGUUUUGGAUUACAUCCUUGCUGUUACCAAAAGCACCAGUAAUGACAAGGUGGUUUUAGUGUCCAACUACACUCAGACACUAGAUCUAUUUGAAAAGCUCUGCAGGAACAGAAGGUAUUUGUAUGUCCGGCUGGACGGCACCAUGUCCAUUAAAAAGAGAGCAAAGAUCGUGGAGCGAUUCAACAGCCCCUCGAGCCCUGAGUUCAUCUUCAUGUUAAGCAGCAAAGCAGGUGGCUGUGGUUUGAACCUGAUUGGGGCCAACAGACUGGUGAUGUUUGACCCCGACUGGAACCCAGCCAACGAUGAGCAGGCCAUGGCUCGUGUGUGGCGUGACGGCCAGAAGAAGACGUGCUACAUCUACCGACUGCUCUCGACAGGGACCAUAGAGGAGAAGAUAUUCCAGCGCCAGACCCACAAGAAAGCCCUGAGCAGCUGCGUGGUGGAUGAAGAGCAGGAUGUAGAAAGGCAUUUCUCACUUGGGGAGCUGAAGGAGCUCUUCACGUUGAAUGAGACCACCACCAGUGACACCCAUGACAAGAUCAAGUGUCGCCGCUGUGUGAACGGGCACCAGGUGCGGCCCCCUCCCGUCGGCUCCGACUGCACCUCGGACCUGUCCCAGUGGCACCACUGCGCGGACAAGCGGGGCCUGCAGGACUCUGUGCUCAAGGCUGCUUGGGACGCUGCUGUCACCUUCACUUUCCAUCAUCACUCCCACGAGGAGCAGCGAGGGAUUCCCUAACAGGUUACUGUCCCCUGUGGGGGCAAGGGCAGGCUCUGUGGC